GUCGUCCCGGCCGGAGCGGGCAUCCUCCGAGGCCCCGACGUUCUGAUGGGGUCAUCUCUCAGUUAACAACGCUAAGGCGAGGUUUCGGAAGCGAGUAGUAUGGACCAACAAGAACCGCCUCCUCACAUGCCAGAAGAAGAUGAAGUAAAAUGUGAUGAUAAUAACAAUAAUGAAGAGGAGGAGGGCGAGCAAUUCGAUUUUGACAGUGGAGAUGAAAUCCCCGAAGCAGAUAGACAAGCACCACUCGACCCAGCUGCUAGUGACACGGUAGCACAGGAAGACACUUCCAAUGCAGGAAGAGAACAUGGAGCUGAAAGAGAAGCAGUUGUAUUAGUGGAGCCUACUAAACUGAUGGUACCAACUAAAGUAAAUCCCUAUUCAGUCAUCGACAUCACACCAUUCCAGGCAGACCAAGCCACAGCUCCAGAGCCAACUGCCGAGGAAGAAAAUCUGAGCCUCCACGUGCCCAGCGGGUACUCUGUUCCUGUGCCCUGUGGCUAUGCCGUCCCUUCAAACCUGCCUUUGAUACUGCCAGCCUACACCAGUCCUGUUAUCAUUCGCACUGUCUCUGUGGAUGAAGAAGCAGAAGCACAGGAAGGAGCAGAGGAGAGUCAGUUUAAUUCUUUGAGUUCUGAGGAUCCAACAAACAGUGAAGAUCCAAUCAAUAAAGAAGGCAGUGCCCUGGCCCAAUGGGUUGCAGAUCCUGCCAAUACAGCUUGGAUGGAAAAUCCAGAAGAAGCGAUUUAUGAUGAUGUUCCAAGAGAGAACUCAGACUCAGAACCAGAUGAAAUGAUUUAUGAUGAUGUUGAAAACGGAGAUGAAGGUGGAAACAGCUCUCUGGAAUACGGAUGGAGCUCGAGUGAAUUUGAAAGUUAUGAAGAGCAAAGUGACUCGGAGUGCAAAAAUGGAAUUCCUAGGUCCUUCUUGCGUAGCAACCACAGAAAGCAACUUUCUCAUGACCUGUCCCGUUUAAAGGCGCACUAUGAGAAAAAGCUGAGAGAUUUGAUGGCAAACACUGUGGGAGCAGUAGAGAUUCAGCAGCUAAAGCAAAAACAUGAACUGAAGAUGCAGAAACUGAUGAAGGCAGCAAAGGAAGGGACCAAAGACGGGCUCGAGAAAACCAAAGCUGCUGUGAAGCGGGGCCGCUCGUUCAUUAGAACCAAGUCUUUUAUUUCUCAAGAUCACAGAUCUUGUCUGGAAGAAGAUCAAAAUUUAUUCAUUGAUGUUGACUGCAAGCACCCCGAAGCCAUCAUGACCCCAAUGCCGGAAGGUUUAUCUCAACAGCAGGUUGUCCGAAGAUAUAUCCUGGGUUCAGUUGUUGAUAGUGAAAAGAACUACGUAGAUGCUCUUAAGAGGAUUUUAGAGCAAUACGAGAAACCACUAUCUGAGAUGGAGCCAAAGAUUCUGAGUGAAAGGAAACUGAAGAUGGUGUUUUACCGGGUUAAAGAGAUCCUGCAGUGCCAUUCCAUGUUUCAGAUCGCACUGGCCAGUCGGGUAUCUGAGUGGGAUUCUGUGGAAACGAUUGGUGAUGUCUUCGUGGCUUCGUUUUCUAAAUCCAUGGUACUGGACGCUUACAGUGAAUUUGUAAAUAACUUUAGCACCGCUGUGGCAAUCUUAAAGAAAUCGUGUGCUUCAAAGCCCGCUUUUCUCGAAUUCCUGAAGCAGUGCCAGGAAUCAAGUCCGGACCGAAUCACACUCUCUAGCUUGAUGAUGAAACCAAUCCAGAGAUUUCCACAGUUCAUUCUUCUACUCCAGGAUAUGUUGAAGAAUACAUCCAAAGGACAUCCUGACCGGCUUCCUCUUCAGAUGGCGCUUACUGAGCUUGAAACAUUAGCCGAGAAAUUAAAUGAAAGGAAAAGAGAUGCGGACCAACGCUGUGAAAUCAAACAAAUAGCAAAAGCCAUAAAUGAAAGAUACUUAAACAAGCUUCUCAGCAGUGGAAAUAGAUACCUCAUUCGAUCUGAUGAUAUGAUAGAAACUGUUUACAAUGACAGAGGAGAAAUUAUUAAAACCAAAGAACGUCGGAUCUUCAUGUUAAAUGAUGUAUUAAUGUGUGCUACAGUAAGUGCACGCACCUCACAUGACAGCAGUGCUAUAAUAGCAACCAGCCAAAGAUAUUUAUUAAAAUGGAGUGUACCCCUGGGACACGUCGAAGUCGUAGAAUACGGCAAUAACGAAGGGCCAGGAGAAAGCGGCAGGUACCCCAAAGCGCACUCGCCGGAAAGCCUGGUGGUGGUUGCUCACGCCAAGCCAAACAAAGUUUACAUGGGACCAGGACAACUCUACCAAGACUUACAAAACUUGUUGCAUGACUUGAAUGUAAUUGGUCAGAUCUCUCAACUGAUAGGAACCCUGAAAGGAAACUAUCAGAACUUAAACCAGUCUGUAGCCCAUGAUUGGACAUCAGGUUUACAAAGACUUAUUUUGAAGAAAGAAGAAGAAAUCAGAGCUGCUGAUUGCUGUCGAAUUCAGUUACAACUCCCAGGGAAGCAGGACAAGUCUGGGCGACCUACUUUCUUUACAGCUGUGUUUAAUACAUUUACCCCUGCCAUCAAACAGUCUUGGAUCAACAACUUGCAGAUGGCUAAGCUUGCCCUUGAGGAGGAGAACCAUCUGGGUUGGUUCUGUGUUGAAGAUGACGGGAAUCAAAUCAAGAAGGAAAAGCACCCUCUCCUUGUUCGAUACAUGCCCGUGAUGGUAGCCAAGCAACAGGAGUUCAAGAUUGAAUGUGCUGCUUAUAAUCCUGAACCUUACAUAAAUAACGAAAAUCAACCAGAUUCAUUCUCUGCAGCACAUGGUUUCCUGUGGAUUGGAAGUUGCACCAAUCAAAUGGGUCAAAUCGCCAUUAUCUCAUUUCAAAAUUCCAACCCCAAAGUAAUUGAAUGCUUCAAUGUGGAGUCUCGCAUCCUCUGCAUGGUCUUCAUUCCAGUGGAAAGGAAGCCUACAGAGGCUAACUUGCCCUCUGAUUCUGAAACUGGAGCUGUGAGCCCGCUAGAUGUCCCGACGAUAUGUGUGGGGACGGAAGAAGGAAGCAUUUCCAUUUAUAAAAGCAGUCAAGGCUCAAAGAAAGUGAGACUUCAGCACUUUUUCACUCCUGAGAAGUCUACAGUCAUGAGCUUAGCCUGUACGUCGCAGAAUCUGUAUGCUGGCCUGGUCAAUGGGACUGUUGCCAUCUAUACAAAAGCCGAAGAUGGAUCCUGGAAUGCUGAACCUCAGAAAGUGAUUCAAUUAGGGAUCCUUCCAGUUAGAAGCCUACUGCUGAUGGAGGAUUCACUCUGGGCAGCUUCUGGGGGACAAGUUUUCAUCAUCAGUAUCGAGACCCUUUCCAUAGAGAGUCAGCUUGAGGCUCACCAAGAAGAGGGAAUGGUGAUCUCUCACAUGGCAGUUGCUGGUGUUGGAAUUUGGAUCGCCUUUACAUCUGGGUCCACACUUCGCCUGUUUCACACAGAAACACUUAAGCAUCUCCAGGACAUCAACGUAGCCACCCCUGUUCAUCAUAUGUUACCAGGUCAUCAACGGGUGUCUGUCACUAGCCUGCUUGUUUGCCAUGGCUUGUUAAUGAUUGGCACCAAUCUGGGCAUCGUUGUAGCCUUGCCAGUUCCUCGCCUGCAGGGAAUCCCCAAAGUAACUGGAAGAGGUAUGGUUUCCUACCACGCACACAAUGGCCCUGUCAAGUUCCUUGUAAUGGCUACCACUUUACAGAAGAAAAACAAAGACGAGUCCAGAGACAGCCUCCCUCCCAAUUCUGAAGCCCCGGAUGAAGACCAGAGGGACAUGCACCCGAGCGAAGGCCUGAGUUCUUGCCUACGUCAGAGCAACCCUGAGGGCGCCGUGUGGUUGGGAGCCUCUCUAGGUUCAAUGACUCAAAGAAGCGAUUUAUCAUCAUCGUCCGGGUCAUUGACUUUAUCUCAUGGCUCCAGUUCGCUGGAGCACAGGUCAGAGGACAGCAUCAUUUAUGACCUCUUGAAGGAUCCAAACAUCUCACUGAAAAGUAAAGCACAUCAAAUCAAGAAAGCGAAAGCCAGUUCCGUGUUGGUGGUGUGUGGAGGACAGGGCCACCGACGGGUCACCAGGAAGGCGAGGCAGCAACGACUCGACGAGCUGGUUUCCUCUGUCAUGGUCUGGCAGAUCCCCUGCUGCAGCCCUGAGUGAUGGGCACCCGUCGGGGCUGGAGAUUUAACGCUUUCACUAAGCCAUGCGCUGUAAAUCUACACUGCUUGGGGACAAGUGAACCACAGUAUUCGGGGGAGAAAUGUGCAAUACCAUCAUCAUGGCAUUCCUACCCAUGCAUUGCUUCUCUCCCAUGCGGCAGAGCUGAAUGUAAGCCUUUAAAACCAGGUAGAAGAUUAAUGAGUGCUUUGAACUUCUGGGAAAACACACAUUCGUUUUGACUGCUGUAGUCCAUGCAUAAGUGCUAGGUGUUAGUCUCAAAGGCUAUCUUGUAUUACAUUGCUCAGAGAAUUUGAGAACUAAGGUUUUGUGGAGAAAACAGCAUAUUCAGUAGGGUAGGAAUUUAUUAACAAUUCUUAAAACAUUUUUACUUGAUUCAGAUUCACUACUUUUAUUUAUAUUCUACAUUUUAAAAUUUCAGAAUGAAUUUGGAACAAUUAAGAAAGCCAGGUAAACAUAUAUCUGCCCAGAUGGUAUAUUUUGUUCUCAGAAAUGAAGUGAAUUUUCCAAAGUUGUAUAAUACACAUACAGUGUAUUUAAGCAAAGUAGUAUUUUUAUAUUACACUUUUAAUUAAAAAUUAACAACUAAUAUCUUGGGUAAUAUCUUACCUCUAAAAUUUUUAAAAUAAUGUUUGCUUUGAACCAAAAUGCCCAACACCUAGAAACAUUUAGGCCCAAGCAUCAAUUCCAAAAUUUUCUUCUCUUAUUAACUAAUAUUAAUAUCUGUAUUAGAAACGUAUAUGUUUAAAUGUUACAGAAAAUCUAGACAAAACCCGCUUUGCUCAAUUCUUUUAUGUGGUUUCUUACACCAGUUGACUUUGAAACACUGUAUCUAUUUUCAAAUAUUCAUUGUGAAUGGCUCGCGGUGCUAAUUAAUGUGGCUGUCCUGUUGCUGGCAAUGGGAUGUGGACCCCAAAUACUGACCACUAUGUAUCUUAUAGACUUCCCUUCACAAAAUACACAGGUUUGUAUGCUGCAGUUCAGCUAUUCCAUGGUGAGAUGUGUGAAUAAUCAGUGAGCUCCCUUAUGUUCGACACAUAUUUAUAUAUCAAUGUCUUGCUUACUGGACAGUUCAAAAAACCCAAAACUAAGGCAGGUAUUCAACAGAAAUAAAUUUCUUAGCACUUUACAGAUGAUUAAACUUACUAAUUUUAUGACUUAACCAAAUAUUUUCUUUUUUUUUUUUUUAGCCAAAUAUUUUCUGAGGUGCAUAUAUACCCCAUGUGAAGGUUAUAUUGCUACAACCUUUCUUAAACUGUUGGCUGCCAUUUUAAUUUCAUAAAUAAAGUCUUUUAUUGUAAAAUGUAA